AUGGACACAACUUGGUCCGCCGUUCAGCAACCUCUAGCUCCUCAAAGAGAUGUAUUGAAGGGUGAUGAUACAGUCAUCCUGGGUGCAGGUGUCAUUGGCCUCGCGACGGCCUACCAACUCGCACUCGCUCACCGAAAGACCGUCAAUGCGACAUCCAGCCCGCACGGCAAGAUCAUCGUCGUCGAACGAGCUGGACAUAUCAGUCCUGCUGCUUCUGGUCAAGCGACAGGUGGACUUGGAGACUUUGGCUUCGCGAGUGGUGUCGCUGAUUUGGGCGCUCUUUCUUAUAGGUUGUUUCAGGAACUUGCGCUCGCGAAUGGAGUGAAGGAGUUCGGCUUUAGUGAGUCUAUGAUCUAUCGAAUUAUUCCAGAUAACUUCACGGGUACGCUUAAGCCGCCUGAUACUUGGGGUCCGAGUCCCCCUGUGGAACAGCCUUUGUCUGCGCUCCCUGACUGGAUCAAACCCAGGAGCAACUGGUCAGUGCAGCGCAUGGCUGGGCCACCUCAUGCAUCGCAUCUUGAUCCCGCACAAUUCUGCCAGUUUCUCUUCAACGAGUGCAAGAAGCUGGGCGUAGAUUUCAUCUUCAACGCGAACGCAACAUCAGUCAAGGCGGCACCAGCAUCGAAACAUUUCACAAGCAUCCAGAUCGGGCAACAAGAUCGCGAUCCUCUCAACAUCCCCUGCAAAAGCCUAGUCAUAGCAGCAGGCCCCUGGUCCCCACACGUCUUCUCAACACUCUUCCCCAACGCAUCCCUCCAACUCCCCAUGAACUCCACAGCCUCAGCCGGAAACCACUUCCGCGUCCGCACACCUAAUUGGAAACCAGAGGACGAUCAAAAGGGAAGUCAGCAAGUCUUCUUCCAGAGUGAAGUUCCAGGCAAACAGGGUUUGGACAUCACCAGUUUCCCGGGAGGUGAGUUGUACGUAGGUGGGUGGGGAGCGGCACCGGAAGAACUUCCUGAACUUGCGGAGGAUGUGCACGCGCAGCUGGGUGAGAUUGAGAGGAUGAAGGCGGUUGUGAAGGGGUAUUUGAGGGUGCCGGAGGAUGAGGAGUUGGAUGCUUUUGAGGUGGGGAGGUGUUAUAGGCCGCUUUCGACGAUCGGGCAUGCUAUUAUAGCGAAUGUGGACUGGGAGUUGCUGGGUUUGGAAGAUAGCUCGCAGGAUAUGCCGCGUCUUUCGACGCAAGACGGAGAUGAUCAGAAGGAUCGAUUCGGUCCUGGGGGUUUGUUCCUGAAUACGGCUCACUUUGACGAUGGUGUGACUUUGUCGCUUGGAAGUGGGAAGGUUACGAGCGAGCUAAUACUGGGUCUGCCACCUUCGGUUGACAUUUCCGGGCUGGGACUGAGCUGA